AUGCAUUUUCCCUCUUUUUUUCUUCUUGGCCGUAAAUUUCUCCUGAUCGCCGCCACCGCCCGCGGCGAGAAACCCAACGGCGGUAUUUCAAUAAUCCCCGUUGAAGACGAAGAGAUCAUCGAAUCAGUGGUCAUGGGUACGACCCCAUCUUAUUCAUUGGAGUCCAAAUUGGGAGACUACAAACGCACUGCAGGUGUUCGACGCGAGGCCUUAAGGAGAAUCACAGGCAGAAAUCUCAACGAUCUACCUCUUGAUGGGUUCGAUUACGCCUCCAUCCUCAGCCAGUGUUGGGAGAUGCCGGUUGGGUUCGUCGCAUUGCCCGUUGGCAUCGCGAGCCCGCUGGUUUUGGAUGGGAGGACUUACUACGUGUCGAUGGCCACGACCGAAGGGUAUUUGGUUGCGAGCACGAACAGAUGGUGCAAGGCCAUCGGGGAGUCAGGUGGGGCCCAAAGCGUUGUGCUUAGGGACGGGAUGACGAGGGCCCCGAUGGUGAGGUUUAUGCUUAGGGUGCAAGACCAUUGGGGAGUCACGUAUCAUGUUUUAUUGUUUAGUUGA